UUUUAUUCUCAGUGUGAAUGAGCGGUGCGGCUUCUGAGGAGCGGUGUCAUGAGAAAAGCCGCAUUUGCAGUGUUACUCCUCGCAGGCUGAGCUAGGAGAAAGAAACGGAGAGAAAAACGCAGGAAAACGCCUUUUUUGCCUCACCCUUUUCCCCGUCCUAUUUCCCAGAUUGGACUAGCAGACCUAAGGGACGGCGCCAUGUCCAAGACGGCGGCAGGCGGUGCUAACGAUGUCACCCGCUUCCUCUCCAUGGAGGCGGGACCAAGCUCACCCACCUCUGUGUUCUCCGCCUCCAGCCAGGCUGACUGGGCGGCCAAAAGGCUCGUCUGGGUUCCCUCUGAGAAACAUGGCUUUGAGUCUGCGAGUGUACGGGAGGAGCGAGGUGAUGAGGUGGAGGUGGAGCUUACAGACAGUGGGCGUAAACUGACGUUAUUGCGGGAGGAGCUUCAACGUAUGAACCCGCCCCGAUUCAGCAAAGUGGAGGACAUGGCCGACCUCACCUGCCUUAAUGAGGCCUCUGUCUUGCACAACCUGAGAGAGCGCUACUACUCAGGACUCAUAUAUACAUACUCUGGCCUCUUUUGUGUGGUUGUGAACCCAUACAAGAAUCUACCCAUCUACACAGAGUCCAUUGUAGAGAUGUAUCGCGGCAAAAAGCGCCAUGAGAUGCCACCGCACAUCUAUGCUAUUUCAGAGGCAGCCUACCGAAGCAUGCUCCAAGACAGGGAAGAUCAGGCCAUCCUUUGCACAGGGGAGUCUGGAGCAGGGAAGACAGAGAAUACUAAGAAAGUGAUUCAGUAUCUGGCACAUGUGGCAUCAUCUCACAAGAGUGGCACUUUGGGCCGCAGUAAAGACAGCUCACUCCAGAUGGAUGGAACGCGUUCUCUAGGUCGUAGCAGUAGUAGUGUGAACAGGGGGGAGCUAGAGAGGCAGCUGCUGCAGGCUAACCCAAUCCUAGAGGCCUUCGGUAACGCCAAGACAGUCAAAAACGACAAUUCCUCCAGAUUUGGCAAAUUUAUCCGUAUCAAUUUUGACGUGACUGGAUAUAUAGUUGGUGCCAACAUUGAAACCUACCUGCUGGAGAAAUCUCGAGCCAUCCGCCAGGCCAAAGAUGAGAGAACCUUCCAUAUCUUUUAUCAGUUACUCUGUGGAGCUUCUGACGCCAUGAAAGGCGAGCUUCUCCUGGGCGGUGCGGAUCAGUACCGCUUCCUGUGUGGAGGUUCAAUACCUGUUCCAGGACAGAGCGAUGCAGACAACUUUACUCAGACUAUGGACUCCAUGAGCAUCAUGGGAUUCACACCAGAAGAGUGCACAUCCAUGUUAAAGGUGAUCUCCUCUGUGCUGCAGUUUGGAAACAUUUCUUUUCAAAAGGAGAAGAACUCAGACCAGGCCUCUAUGCCUGAUGACACAGCUGCACAGAAACUCUGCCACCUGCUGGGCAUCAGCGUGCUGGAGUUCAGCAGAGCCAUUCUCACCCCUCGCAUUAAAGUGGGCCGCGAGUAUGUGCAGAAGGCCCAGACGAAGGAACAGGCAGACUUUGCGGUAGAGGCUCUGGCAAAGGCCACCUAUGAGCGCCUCUUCCGUUGGCUGGUUCACCGUAUCAAUCGAGCGCUGGACCGCAGACAGAGGCAAGGAGCUUCCUUCAUUGGCAUCCUGGACAUCGCCGGCUUUGAGAUCUUCCAACUUAAUUCAUUUGAGCAGCUGUGUAUAAACUAUACCAACGAAAAGCUGCAGCAGCUGUUUAACCACACCAUGUUCAUACUGGAGCAAGAGGAGUACCAGCGUGAGGGCAUUGAGUGGAACUUCAUCGACUUUGGCCUGGACUUGCAGCCCUGCAUUGAUCUCAUUGAGAGACCGGCACAUCCCCCUGGUGUUCUGGCGCUGUUAGAUGAGGAAUGUUGGUUUCCACGCGCAACAGAUCGAUCAUUCGUGGACAAAUUGUCCGCUGAGCAAGGCUCACAUCCCAAAUUCUACCGGACACGGCAGCUGCGUGAAGAGGCUGAUUUCUCCAUCAUUCACUAUGCUGGAAAGGUGGACUAUAAGGCAGAUGAGUGGUUGGUGAAGAAUAUGGAUCCUCUGAAUGAUAAUGUAGCAUCUCUUCUACACCAGUCUUCUGACCAUUUCAUAUCCGAGCUCUGGAGAGAGGAUAUUCAGACUCUUCCUCGUGUCUACUUUUUUGACUCCUAUGCCACACUGCAGACCAAUGGCUCUGACAGCAUGGACAGGAUUGUCGGAAUGGACCAGGUGGCAUCUGCUGAGAACAGUGGGCCGGUUACUUUUGGUGCAGCAGGAUUGAAGACAAAAAAAGGAAUGUUCCGGACAGUCGGACAGCUGUACAAAGAGUCACUGACCAAACUGAUGGCCACACUGCGCAACACCAACCCCAACUUCCUGCGCUGUAUCAUCCCCAACCAUGAAAAGAGGGCAGGGAAGUUGACUCCUCAUCUGGUCUUGGAUCAGCUGAGGUGUAAUGGAGUCCUGGAGGGAAUCAGAAUCUGCAGGCAGGGCUUCCCCAACCGCAUCCCCUUUCAGGAGUUCAGACAGAGGUAUGAGAUUCUGACUCCGAAUGCUAUACCCCGCACCUUCAUGGAUGGAAAACAGGCCUGUGAGCUCAUGAUUAGUGCUCUGGAGCUGGAUAGGAAUCUGUUCCGGGUUGGCCAGAGUAAAGUCUUUUUCCGUGCUGGAGUGUUGGCACACCUGGAAGAGGAGAGAGACCUGAAGAUCACUGACACCAUCAUUCGCUUCCAAAGCGCUGCCCGGGGAUACCUUGCCAGGAGAGCGUUCCUAAAGAAGCAGCAGCAGCUAAGUGCACUGCGGGUGAUGCAGAGAAACUGCGCCGCGUACCUGAAGCUGCGCAACUGGCAGUGGUGGAGACUCUUUACCAAGGUGAAGCCACUGUUGCAGGUGACCCGGCAGGAUGAGGAAAUUCAAGCUCGGGAAGCAGAGCUUCAGAAAGCCAAAGACAAUCUGGGCAAAGUGGAGCAUGAAUAUAAUGAACUGGAGAGAAAACACCAACAGCUGUUGGAAGAGAAGGCCGUGCUUACAGACCAGCUACAGGCAGAGGCUGAGUUAUUCGCUGAGGCAGAGGAGAUGAGAGCACGACUGGCCAGCCGUAAGCAGGAGCUGGAGGAUGUGCUGGGGGAGCUUGAAGGCCGCUUAGAGGAAGAGGAAGAGAGAGGUGUGCAGUUAACUAACGAGAAGAAGCGAAUGCAGCAGCAUGUACAGGAUUUAGAAGAGCAGUUGGAGGAGGAGGAGGGGGCACGGCAGAGGCUCCUGCUGGAGAAGGUUACCCUGGAAACCAAAGUGAAGAGUCUGGAGACGGAGACCAUGACUGCCGGAGAGCAGAGAGACCGACUGAGCAAGGAGAAAAAGCAGUUCGAGGAAAGAUUGAAUGAGGUGACUGACCAGCUGACUGAAGAGGAGGAGAAGGUGAAGAGUCUCAACAAGCUCAAGAACAAACAGGAAGCUGUCAUUGCUGACCUAGAAGAGCGUCUGAAGCGAGAGGAGCAGGGUCGUCUGGAGCAGGAGAAAUGGAGGAGGCGCAUGGAGAGUGAGGCAGCGGAUGCCCAGGAGCAGCUCACUGAUAUGGGUCUGCUUGUGACUGAGCUCCGCAGCAGCCUGUCCAACAGAGAGAAAGAGAUCACCACACUGCAGUCACGGCUGGAAGAGGAGGGCGCUCGGCGUGCAGAGGCUCAGAGAGCUCUGAGGGAGGCCAUGUCUCAGGUGUCAGAGCUGAAGGAGGAGGUGGAUAAUGAACGAGGGAUGAGAGAGAGGGCUGAGAAGCAAAGGAGGGAUCUGGGUGAGGAAUUAGAGGCCCUCAGGACUGAACUGGAGGACACACUGGACACCACCGCUGCCCAACAGGAGCUCAGGUCUCGGCGUGAGGCUGAGUUAUCAGAGCUCCAGAGGCUGGUUGAGGAGGACACUAGGCGUCAUGAAGCCCAGCUCUCAGAACUCCGAGUCAAACACAGUGCAGCUAUUGAGUCCCUCCAGGAGCAGCUGGACAAUGCCAAGAGAUCUCGUCAGUCUCUGGAGAAGGCGAAGGCCGUACUGGAGGAGGAACGUGUGAAUCUGACGGCCGAGCUGAAGACCCUGCAGGGAGGGAAGAUGGAGAGCGAGAGGGGCAGGAAGAGAGCAGAGGGGCAGCUCCAGGAGCUCACUGCCCGUCUGGCCCAGGCUGAGAGGGAGAGGGAGGAGAGGGAGGACAGGCUCCACAAACUCCAGUUGGAAAUAGAGUCUCUUUCCAGCUCUCUUUCUUCAUCUGACACCAAAUCCCUUCGUUUGAGCAAAGAGGUCAGCAGUCUGGAGAGCCAGCUACAUGAUGCUCAGGAGCUCUUGCAGGAUGAGACGCGUCAGAAGCUGGCGCUCGGGUCUCGUGUGCGAGCUCUGGAAGAGGAGAAAGCUGUUCUGAUGGAGAGACUGGAGGAGGAGCAGGAAAAGACCAGGGAGCUCUCACGUCAGAUCCAAACGUACACACAACAGCUUGCUGAUCUUAAGAGACAGUCAGAAGAAGUGAAUGCAGCGGUGGAGGCAGGAGAGGAGAGCAGGAGGAAGCUGCAGAGGGAGCUGGACAGUGCCACACAAAGGGAAAGAGCCAAGGAGGAGGAGAAAGAUCGAGUAGAGCGUCAGAAGGAGCGCCUGAGGGAGGAGAUCGAGGACAUGACCAUCGCUUUGCAGAGGGAGAGACAGAACUGCACUGCUCUGGAGAAGAGACAAAAGAAAUUUGAUCAGUCUUUGGCAGAGGAGAAGGCAGUGAGUGCCCGACUGGCUGAAGAGCGAGACCGUGCAGAGGCCGAGAGCCGGGAGAAAGAGACCCGCUUUCUAGCUCUGUCCCGAGAGUUACAAGAAGCAUCAGAGCAGCGUGAUGAGCUAGAGAGAACCAAUAAACAGCUUCGCCUUGACAUGGAGCAGCUAGUCAACGCCCAGGAUGACGUGGGCAAGAACGUUCAUGAGCUGGAACGUUCUCGGCGAGCUCUGGAGGUGGAGGCGCAGUCUCUGCGGGAGCAGACGCAGGAGCUGGAGGAGGAACUGGGUGAGGCAGAGAACUCCCGUCUCAGACUAGAGGUCACACUGCAGGCCCUCCGUGCUCAGUUUGAGCGAGAGAUCAGUGCCAAAGAAGAGAAAGGAGAGGAAAAGAGAAGGGCCCUCAACAAACAGGUGCGUGAGCUAGAAGCUCUGUUGGAGGAGGAGAAGACUCAGAGAGCUCAGGCACUAUCUGUCAAGAAGCAAAUGGAGGCGGAGCUCCAGGAGGCAGAGUCACAGGUGGAGGCGGCCACUCGAGGCAGAGAGGAGGCACUUCGGCAGCUGAAGCGUCUCCAGACUCAGAUGAAGGAGGUGCUACGGGAGUUGGAUGAGACCAAGAUGGCUCGAGAUGAAGUCAUUGUCCAAUCAAAGGACAGCGAGAAGCGCCUGCAGACCUUAGAGGCAGAGCUACUACAGCUGACAGAGGAGCUGGCAGUUUCAGACAGGUUGAGGAGACAGGCUCAGCAGGAGCGAGAUGAAAUGUCUGAAGAGAUUCUCAACACCAGCAGCGGAAAGUCAGCUCUAUGUGAAGAAAAGAGGCGUCUGGAGGCCAGGAUUAGUCAGCUAGAGGAGGAGCUGGAGGAGGAGCAGAGCAAUGCUGAGUUAAUUGCUGAGAGGCAGAGGAAGACCACACUACAGGUGGAGACUCUGACAGUACAGCUGGCUGGAGAAAGGACACUGACCCAGAAGAGUGAGGGUGCGAGGGAGAGCCUUGAGAGGCAGAACAAGGAGCUGAAGACCAGGCUGACUGAGCUGGAAGGAGCUGUGAGGGGAAAACAUCGCAUGAGUGUUGCUGCCCUGGAGUCCAAAAUUGAAUCCAUGGAGGAGCAAAUGGAACAGGAGAGACAGGAGCGCGCAAUGGCCAACAAGCUGGUGCGGAAAACAGAGAAGAAACUGAAGGAAGUGGUGAUGCAAGUAGAGGAUGAAAGGAGACAUGCAGACCAGUACAGAGAACAGCUGGAUAAGUCGAUGGGUCGCCUGCGGCAGCUGAAGAGGCAGCUGGAGGAGGUGGAGGAGGAGAACUCACGCACAAACGCCCAGCGUAGAAAACUACAACGCGAGUUGGAGGAGAUGGGUGACAGCAUGCAGAGCAUGAACCGUGAGCUAAACGCUCUGCGCUCGCAACUCAGCGGCACAGAGAGACCCAGAUCUGACAAGCGUGCUCCACUCCCGCUUUCAGUACGUGGAGGACGGAGGGCUUUAGUGGACGACCUCUCUCAGGAGAACUCUGACUCAGAGGAACCUCCCGCUUCCCCUACGCCCUCCAGCGGCCUCCCGGGUACCCCUGUGCCCCCCGACAAUGCCCUUGGGCCACCUCCCCCUUACAGCCUCGCAGAUGCAGAGUAACCAAAGGGGAGAAGGAAAGGCCUCCAGGUGGAUCGGUGGACGGAUGGAGAGAUGGACAGUCUGAUCAGUUAACUAACACAGCACUGCAGUCAGAGUUAUCUACACUGCACUGAGUAUACCUCUGCAGCCAAGACUGAACCAACGAAACGAAAAUGUACAUGAGCUGGAGAUAAUGCUGGUAUACAAUUAGCACUAUUGAAAUCAGUCUUACACUGAGAUAUUGAAUAAGGACUACAGUUCAUUUUCUGAAGAGGAAAAGAAAGUUCUUUCCCGCAUUCAGUAUUCUGAGGGAAGUAUCAUUAAUGUAUAUUAGAAGAGCCACAUAUCAGUGCAAUGUACAUCAGGCUUAUUGUGGCUGGCAAAGUUAAGAUGGCUGCAUCAACCCUAAGCGCUCUUUCAAUCAAGCAUAAGCCAUGUGUUUAAAGGCAGUCUGCAUGUUUAUGAUGGCAAUCAGGUAGAACAUCAUGGAGAGACAUUCUUCAGCGUGUUAGCUGUGCUUGCAUGAAUGGUUCAGCUGCUGAUCAGUAUUAAUCCCAGAAGGCUUCUCUCUCUCUCACUUUAGGUAAAAAUAGAUUUCAAGGAUUGGGAAUUGAACGUUUUUUCAGACUGUUUGCCUUUUAAUAUUUAGGAGUAGCAACGUCAAAUUAAAAAAAGGAACCGUUAACCCUCUUUUUAUCAAACAGUGUAUCAAACACGAUUUGGUAUUACUGAUUUUACACAUCUAUGAACUUCAGCGACAAAGUGAGAGAGAAAAAAUGAUCUACUGUGAUAAAUCUGCCGAUAUGAGCCAGCUUUUACAUUUUUGGCAUAAACAGAAGAACAAUACAGUGGUACAUUUUCAAGCCAAUAGAAAACAAAAAAGGAAAAAAACAAAAAAACAACAUGUAGAACAAAAAUACAACAAAAAUACGUGCAUUAGAAAAUAAAUAAGAUGAAACACAUUUUCACUAUUCAUGUACAUAACAGUAAUAUUUCAUUGGUGUUUCGCAUUGGCUCAAAUUGCAUUAGAAACAUUAGUUAUAUCUAUUGUGGGUUGGGUCCCACAAAACAUUGCGCAAGGUCAUUAUAAAAUCAGUCUUAAGAAGUGUUUCCCAAACAGCUAAUAUCAAAUAAGAAUAGAGAAUUAUCAUCAAAGAUAAGAUGCAGCAUUUUUGGGAAGAUGGGCCUUGUUCGAUUUCCUAUAACAUCCAGGGUACUAUAGAUGCCGGCCUUGAUCUUUCAGGUCAGCAGACAGUUAUUAAUUCUGAAGUGAGUUCAUUCGGAGUUGUUGCGUAGACUGUGAGUAGUUAGACCUUUAGGAUUUAUAAACUUCUUCUUACAUCUUCUCAUAUCACUACCAGUUUCAGACAGCCUGACCGUAAUCUUAUCAAGCUAAAAUAUUGUCAUUAUUCAUGUUAUUUAUUUAUAAUUUGUCUGUUUUUUUUGUUGAUAAGUGUAUAUCAUGGUUGUUGCCUAUUCUUUGCAUUUUAACAAAAAGUCGCAGUUCCUCUGAGAAGAGCGAAACUAGAUCGAUGGAAAAGUGAGAGAGUCAUGAGAAAUAUUAAACUAAAAAUAACCAAGACUAAGAACUUACCAAGAAUAAGACAGACUGGAAUGCUGUGGGUCAUCUGUGAGGUUUUUUUUUUCAGUCUUGUUGUGCUCAGCUCAGCUAAACAAUAUUAGCAAAGGAAUAAUACAUUGUUACUAAGCGAUCUCAUUGUUUCAGGCACAUCACUGUCAAAAGUAUCUUUUUUUAUUUAUCAAAAUGACAUGUAAUAUGUUUGUUUUUUUAACAGGUCGUGUAAAAUAGUUACGGAACAAAGCUUUUAUGUUUUACCAAAUCUGAGGCGAAUGGAUGAAGAAAGGGAUAUUAACUAAGGCAGUUCUACAGUAGUUAAGUCCAGAGCAGAGAGUAGUCCAGAGCUGUGUCCAAAACUGUACUGGGUACAAAUUCAACAAGUUUAACAAUAUAAAUGAUUUGGGAGGUGUUGUCAUAUGUGUGAGACGGGGGGCCUAUCUGGUUAUGAAUGCACACAAUAUAAUUAUUUGAUCAUAUCAUGGAUAUUGUCAGUGCAUAGAGAACACUGAUCAGCUGCACAUUUCAUUAGAAUGAGUGAAAUUAUGUUAAAUUAUGUUAAAUGUUAAAUUAUGUUAUGUUAAAUUGGAAUUAGUGAACCGCUUAUAAUAUAAUAUAAAUCACUUUCUUAAGUAUGAGAAUAUUUAAAUAUCAGUUUUUGGGUCUUGGAUCUUACCUGGUGCAUUUUGUCUGCAUGUCAGAAUAUCAUGAUACAUAUUGUUUAUCAUGAAAAUAACUUUAAAUAUCACUAUAUUAUAUUUUCCCCAUAUCUUUCAAUCCUAAUAUGAAGUAAUUUCUUUGUGAGGACAGAUUACAUUGCAUAAAACAAUCUAAACUUUGAUCUUCCUCCAAAUGUGAUGUAUUUUAUUGGUAUUUCAAUACUAUACAUUGUUUGUACACUACAGAAUAUAUAUAUGUAUAUAUAUUACAGUUCAUUAAAUGAUAGUUUCAGCACACUCAAAACUCAGCACUACAUUUUCAGACAACACUACAAAAUAAGUGCACUAUAGAGUGAAUAGGGCUCAGUUUGGGACACAGCUCAGGUCUGUAGUUUAGGCUUAGAAUAGGCUUGUAGUGACGCUGUUUCAACAACAGUUUGACAACAGCAUCUCCCGAGUGAACACCUACAACCUUCCCUGAGUUUCUUCUAAUCCUAGCUGUUUUUUUUCUGCACUAAUUGAAGAGUUAACAGUUAGCUCUUAUCAGACCACAGUAGAAUUGAAUCUGAUGUAGCUGAAUGGUUAAAAUGAGGGUUGUUUUUUAUAGUUUUCUCUGGCAGUAUUUGCUGUGAGGAAAGACGUUCCUUGGCUAACAAAGCCUUAAAAAGUGUAUUUACUGGUAAUUUCUAUGUGGUUUAAUGUGAGAGUUGCAUUAAACCACACAGAAACAUCUCUCAAACUCCUCUAACGAAUGUGUUCCUUUUUGAGGUUUGAUGGAUUUGGAACCCCAUGUUUUAGGGCUAUUAUUACAGCCUUUCCCUUAGUGUGAUCUCUCUUCUAUUCACCUCAAAUAAAAAGCUGCUCUUUUCUUGUAUUUUACCUAUGUUACUAGUUCCAUUUUAGAUAGCUAGUUCUUAUCACUCCCUCUCUUUAAACAUGUUCCAGGUAAUAAGGACAAAAAUGACAUCAUUUUACUAUAGACUAUACUUCUGAAAGGUACUGAACUGUACUUCAUGUUCAGGCUCUGAUUAGUAUCAGUGAAGUGAUGGGUUUAGAAUUAGGACCAAACAGCCCACUACAGUCUCGCACCUUCCGUUCAUUAGAUGUAUGAGACAUAUGAUGUACCUCCUUUGUGUCGUUUGCUAAUUGCUAAUGCUACUUUACUACUACUUUGUGCAAUAACAAAGUUCCUUAGAUCCACUGGUGCUCUGAAAAGGUUGGUGAACCAGGCGUGUCCCUGGUCACCAGCAUUAUUAUUUAAUACUUUUGUUUAAUAUCCAAACUGACAAUUAUGUUGAGAUGAUGCUGUUCAGGAUACAUUCUCAUUAUUAUUAGAGGAGAAUAGAAUACUUUUAACUGGAAAAAUGACCCUCAUAACUACAGGUGAAUAUUUUUAGCCCUGUGCUAAACACCAUUCUGCUGUUUGUUUUGUACAAAGAUUUUUUUUUUUUACUUUAUUCUGAAAUAAGAUUGUGAAUAAAAGUGAAACAGGUUUUUCACUUUGCCCAUUCCAAUUAGAGGUGAAAUUGCACAAUUAAUAUGCAUUACAAAUAUUCUUGGCUUUUAGAAAUGGAUUGGACCUACAAAGAACUAAAAUUAUGACUUUAAAACUCAAUCCAAAUGUACACAAUUAAAUAGUUUGAAUAUUUCUUUUAUGUCAAUGCCAUUUUAUAACUAGACCCCAGUUGAAAGAGAGGCGUGGUUUAGCCGAGGCUGCUAUUUGACUGUAAUGUGAUGAAUGUGUGAGGAGAUUAAUGCAGUGAAUGCAGAAUGCCGCUUGUAUUUAUUAAUGGUAAGACUGGUGGUGUCUAAAACAUGUUUUAUUUGUCCUUUUUUGCCUUUUUAUUUACUUUGUUUAUUUGCUUUUUCUGUUUGUUCAUUUGGCUACAUGGAUAAAGUCUGACUGGAGUGAAUUUUAAUAUAAUGUAUGUCAUUGGUUUUGAA